UCUCUUUUAGGCCGGCAACGAAGAACCAGCGGUGCAGGCACGAAGCGGAACGAGUGGGUAUCAGAAAAGGAGGAGACGACGUCGAUCGAGAAGGCAACUUUAGCACCAAGUGGGAUGGAUGGAUGAUGGAUGAUGGGAUGGGAACGGGUUGCCGGCCGCCCGCUAUUUUCUUCCCCACCCGCUCGAACCUCUCUCUACCUGCACUCUCUCUCUCUCUCUCUUACUUUCUUUCCUUUCCCCCUCCCCGCUCACGCUUGAUACUUAGUCCGCCUGAAUCCACUCACUCCUCCUCUCGUUCCUUGACCUCCAUCCUCGAUGUUCAGUCGACUCAGCCAACUCACCCGUCAUCUCACCCGACCAGCCCUGAACAACUCAUCUUCUGCAAGCUCAAUCCCUUUCACCCCUGCUUCAGCACUCGGAACUCGGGCUCCAUCCCCAACAUCCUUCAAUAUGACAUCAUCCGUACUCCCGAAGAAUAAAAGAACCAUCCACACCGCGGCAUGCCUGAUCAUUGGCGAUGAAGUACUUGGAGGCAAGACAAUAGACACCAACUCGGCCUUCUUCGCGAAAUGGUGUUUCUCGCUAGGCAUCCAACUGAAGCGCGUGGAGGUGAUCGCCGACGACGAGAGCGAGAUCAUCGAAGCCGUGCGGCGGAUGAGUGAUCGGUACGACUUCGUGGUCACCAGCGGAGGCAUUGGACCAACCCACGACGACAUAACCUAUGCCUCAAUCGCAAAAGCCUUCUCCCUACCUUUGAAACUGCAUACCCCGGCCUUCGAGCGGAUGAAGCUCCUCUCGAAACCGCACCCGAUGCAACCGGCCUUCGACUGGGAGACACCGUCGGCAAGCCUAACAGCCAAGCUGCGGAUGGUGGAGCUGCCGCACGACGCGAGCCUCGCGGCGGACGAGCAGGCGAUCUUCGUGGCGGACGACAUGUGGGUGCCGAUCGCGAUCGUGAACGGCAACGUGCACAUCCUGCCAGGGGUGCCGCGGCUGUUCGAGCGGCUGCUGGAGCACCUGAAGCCGGCGCUGCUGCCGCGGCUGGUCAACCCGGAGGAAGGCACGGGCAUCUACCGGUACCUGUUCAGCACCCCCUUGCCCGAGAGCACCGUGGCGGGCUACCUGACCGAGCUGGCCGCGCGCGUCGCCGACCGCGGCGUCAAGGUCGGCAGCUACCCGCGCUGGGGCAACAAGCGCAACACCGUCACGCUGGUCGGCGCCGACAAGGCGCUGCUGGACGCGCUGAUCCCGGAGGUCGAGCGCGAGGUCCAGGGCAAGAAGGUCCUCCGCGAGGAUGAGUUGGAUCCGCCCUCCGAUGCUGAGGAGGAGAAGUAAAGGGCAUUUGACGCAAAAACUAGAAAGCAUCUCAACCUAUAGCUAGAAUCCUGGGGGUAAAUAAAUGAAUCAACCACAUCCAAAUCCAGUUUACCGGGAAGGCUCCGUCGGGUCCGUCCGCUGUGACAUAUCUCCUAUCCGGUAGACCAUGGUCUUAGCCAACUUUGACCGGAAUCUCGAGUGAACGAGGCGGAGACACUCUCGAAACAGUCGCUUCGUUCAGACAGCGUCGCAACAGUGACAGAAUCUCAGCAACCCCCGGAAUCUACCAAGCUAGAAGAGAGGGAGUCUACACUAUACCUUGAACGUGCACACACGAAA